CCUUUGACGAUCUUUUGAUUCCACGUCACGUAUUCCAUCGCACUGCGACUAAUUCGUAGUGCAUUAAAUCCCCAAAAAACACAUACGAGUCUGGAAUCUGACGAACAUACCACGCUUCCAACAGAUCAUUCAAAAUCUCUCCGACAUUCUUUCACCACACACGCACCCUCGACAUUGGGUAUCACCCUCCCUUGCAAGUUUCAAACAUGAGUGGCAGCCGACCGCAUUUACUACCUUCAAAACAAUAUAUAUCGGCUGAAGACUGUGACCUCCUUGACCUUCUUUGUUCUCGUUUCAACGUUGCAAAGACGACGUUAGAGCCGGCAUCCGAGAUUCCGAUAACCUUGGACAUGCGUGUCAAACAGGAUGCUCACAUUCCCUCUCAUGUUCUCGCCGUCUUUGACAUCCCAGAGAGCGAAUGGGGCUCAUCUUAUCAGCCUCUCUUGGUACCCAUUCGUGUUGACCUUUUCACUCGCGGUUUUCGCUCCAAAAUAAUUCCACUCAGCCCACCUGGUUCUACUUUUCCGGUCCCCCAUUGCGCUGAAAAUGCCGAAGGACAAUUUGUGACGCUCCCCGUCGUCCCACUGCUUGUCCCCCACGCUCCUUCCAUCCCUCUACUCUUCCUCUUCGGACUUGGGCUUGAAAUACGAUCGCACUUACUAUGCUGCUGCCUCCUUCCCGCCGAGGUGAUAGGAGAAUUUCCCGCCUCUCCCACCAUGGCUAACAUCAUGGCAACGCUAUGCAGUGACGAACAACUCCGAGAGCAUAGCAGGUUCAAUCACGGACUAUGGAAGAAUAUACUCUCUUUGGGGCCACGAGACUCGCAUUUCAUCGAGCUUGCGCGGACAGCAUGGAAUGUCACAGUGGAAGCACGGCGAAUCCGACAACGGAACACGGCGUCUCACAUCACAUCGGUCCCGAAUUGAGCGAGCAUGUGUCCGUUUUGACGUUUUCCCUUUCAUUCCGCUUUGCUCAUCUUGCUAAAAUGGCCUUUAUACGACACUUUGCUUAACGA